CGAACUACAAAGCACAGCUGUCGCAGACUACGCAUUUUUAACCAGUCCCCCAUUCUACCCGACAAUAAAUAAAUCACAUCCUUACCCUACUGGAACAGCUGUGUCAACGCCUAUUCAUGAAACCGUUUACGCUACAUGUCCGCUCGCGAGUGCAGACUCCACCGUGCAUGCUGUUUGGCUGCCGCUCCGAAACUAGCACCGCGUAUUUUAUUUAACGUGCUGUCGGCCGCUGUCUUUAGGACGGUUUCAAUGAAUCGUUUUUAAACAACAUGGCGACUCGAUUCGUGGCAACAUUAUGAGAGCUCAGCACUACUUUGGCGUGGGUAACAGUUUGUCAGUUAAUGUAAAAAAAGGCUAAAAAAGAGAAAGCGCAACGCAUCUACUUCUGCGUUGCCAUGCGAGACGUCUGUGGUUUUUUGCUAAGCGCGUACCGCUGCCGUAACGGUUUGCUGAACUUCAGAUGACAGGUUGGCGAAACUAAUCACCUGUUGUGCGUGACAGCCGGGGAAGUUGUUUCACUCGUUGUCCUCUGCUGACCUUCGCUGGUGGAUAACGAGAGGUGUGCCGAAGAAGCAGAAGGCACGAGCAACAGGCGGACAGGGAGAGAGCCGUUAAAGGAGUCGCGGUGCCUAAAAAGAAUGUCACCAGGAGUGUCCAGUGAAAGACGACUGGAGAGGCUUCUGACGGAGCUGGACAAAUAAAACGAGAAAAAAAAAAAUGAGCGAAAGCAAUCUUUCUUCUUAUUCACAGGAAGAUAAAGACAGGGAGAAACUCCCACCAAUUCUGACAGCAUCAGCAUCGGGGGGUAUUGACAGGGGAACAAAGUGUCAGUUUUCAAGUUUUAGCAGCUUUAUUUCAACAAUUAAUCAGAAAAGGGAAGCCUCUAACAGUAGGAAUUUCUCAGCACAGCUUUCAUUGACCAGCAGUAAAAAUGUUAGAGAACUGCCACCCAUCUGUCCAGAUGUUCGACAGAAACAGCGUAUUGCUAUUGAUACUUUGCCUCCUGAAAUGAAGGCUCCAAUUCCUCCAGAGCCUAUUCUUCCUUUACGAAACAAAACGGCAAAGGAACUUCUAGAUGACAUAGAAAAAGCCAGACUAACAGGAGACUGGAAAAUUGUCCAUGAUUUUUACUUGACAACAUUUGACUCAUUCCUUGAAUUGAAUGCUGCUUUUAAGAGAGAUCCUAAUGCACCAUUUAAUACAACAGAUGAUUCUGGAAUCAACAGCAAAUUUGUAAAUACCAUCUAUGAUUCCUUGCUCAACACACCACAAGAGGUACAAAAAUCAGUUCUAAAGGGGAUCAUUAACAGCUUAUUAAGGGAAUGGAAAGGACCCCGCACUAAAGAUGACCUCAGAGCUUACUUUAUACUGGUACAGAACCCACAGUACACUGGAAUUUCAACUUAUGUCAUCUUUGCACACUUGCUGAGACAAAUUGCUACAUUGUCUGAAGCAGACCACCAUUUCUUAGUUCACUGGUUUAAAAAGCUUUCUCAGAAGAGGUUCAAGCAACUUAUCGACAGACUUCUUCAGUUUAUAUCACUGCGUCUCUUUCCAGCAAAACCUGAUGAGCUUCCGCCUCUGGCAAAAUGUGCAUGGUGGAUUCCAUCUGCAACCAAGGUCCUUGCUUUGCUUAAUGCUGCCAACAGUCUUUCUAACCCAGCUAUUAUUCCAUACACUGAUUUUUAUAACCUAACAUUGGACCAUAUUGACAUAAUGGAAGAGUACCACAUAUGGCAGUGUUAUGGGAAUUCUCAUAGAUUUUCUUUCUGUCAGUUCCCAUUUAUUUUAUCAAUAGCGACAAAGAAGAUGAUAAUUCAACGAGACUCAGAGCACCAGAUGAUCACAAUUGCAAGACAAAGCCUUGUGGACAAAGUUUCCCGCCGACAAAGACCGGACAUGAAUUUACUAUUCCUCAACAUCAAAGUAAGAAGACCGCAUUUAGUCAGUGAUUCAUUGGAUGAGCUGACUAGAAAAAGAACUGACUUGAAGAAAAAACUAAAAGUGACUUUUGUUGGUGAAGCAGGCUUAGAUAUGGGUGGACUAACAAAGGAGUGGUUUCUGUUGCUUAUAAGGCAGAUUUUUCAUACUGACUAUGGUAUGUUUACUUAUCUUAAAGAUUCGUGUUGCCAUUGGUUUAGCAGUUUGAAAUGUGACAACUAUUCUGAAUUCCGAUUGGUGGGAGCUCUCAUGGGCCUUGCUGUGUACAACAGCAUCACGCUGGAUAUUCAGUUUCCUCCCUGUUGCUACAAGAAGCUCCUGAGUCCUCCUAUAGUGCCUUGUGAUCAAAAUGCUACUGUAGGAGUUGCUGCUCUCUCUCUAGAUGACCUGCAUCAGGUCAUGCCUGAAUUGGCUCAUGGACUUGAAGAGCUCUUAUCAUAUGAAGGAAAUGUAGAAGAUGACUUUUAUUCAACUUUUCAAGUUUAUCAAGAAGAGCUUGGAGUAAUAAAGUCCUACAACCUUAAAGCUGGUGGUGACCGAAUACCAGUAACCAAUCAAAACAGAAAAGAAUAUGUUCAACUAUAUGUUGAUUUUCUCCUGAACAAAUCUGUAUACAAGCAAUUUGCAGCAUUCUAUUAUGGAUUUCAUAGUGUAUGUUCCUCGGAUGCUCUCAUGUUGCUACGUCCAGAAGAGGUAGAAAUCCUGGUGUGUGGCAGUCCCGAACUUGACAUGUACGCUUUACAGAGAGCAACUCAGUAUGAAGGUUACACAAAAACAGAUCUAACUAUUCGCAAUUUCUGGGAUGUGGUAUUAGGAUUUCCACUUGAGCUGCAAAAGAAAUUACUACAUUUUGCAACUGGAAGUGACAGAGUCCCUGUUGGUGGAAUGGUCAAUCUUAACUUCAAAAUUUCAAGAAGUGAAAUUUCAACGGAUUGGUUACCAGUAGCUCAUACCUGUUUUAACCAACUCUGUCUGCCUCCUUACAAGAGUAAGAAAGACCUGAAAGUAAAGUUAACAAUUGCAAUAUCUAACGCUGAAGGAUUUGGUCUUGAGUAGUACAUUCAAAGAAUUUGUAUGGGCCUUUAAAGAAUAUUUAGUUUUUUUGUUAUUGGGGGCAUGUAAAGCUGUUUUCAUUCAGGGUAAUUUUUUUAAAGGCACUUGUUUGAAGAUGUGGUCACUGUUUCUGCCCCAAAUACAAUGACUCACUUUGGCUCUUGUAUUUUCUAUUUUGCUACUGCUUUUGUGUUGAAAUCUGUAGAUUGUGGAAAAUGACAUUUUAACUUUGGUAUAUUUUAAUAUGAAUUGCACUUUAACACCUGAUUGAGACAUAUUAUACUUGUAUUUUUAAAAUGUUCUUCUCCUCUUUUGUUACUGCUUUUAGGCAUACAUGUGUCAUGUCAACUUUAACUUCUACACAUUGAUAUUUUUUCCUGAGAUUGAAUGCUUGAUAUUGAUUGUUUAUUGUUCAGAAGAUUUCUGUUUUCCAUUACUGGGCCUAAGUUUUAGUCUGCAUGUGACACUAUUGCUGUCAGCUAGUUUAUUGACAGAUGUAAAUUUUCAGCCUAGCAAAGUGUAAAAUGUACAGCAAAAUGAUUCAUGAAUAUUACACAGUAUUCAACUCCAUUUUAAGCAACAUUCUCAGGUAGCUUUUUUUCCACAGAAUGCUGGGCAUUUUGAAUUUAUUUAUGCAGUUACUUAUUAGCCAUUUGAACAGCACAUCCUUUAUAAGUAAAUGCAAUUCAAUCAAAUAUAACAUACUUCUGUUAGUAAGGUGGUAUGUAUAUGGCUGACUUCUGAAAAGUUAGUUUUAAGUAAAAAUAAGAUCUUCAGUUUCAAAAUAGAUAGUAUAGAAUAAUGUGUAGAGUGGAUUCAGGCCAUUAUAAAACCGUAGAAAUAAAUAUUUAGAAUUAUAUUCCCAAAAGCACUUCAAGUUUUGGUCAGACAAAUGUGGAAUUCAAGAGAUAUUCACACAUUUUGUUUUAUACAGUACCUUUCAAGGAGCGUCAAAGGUAUAAAUCUGUGUUAAAUUUGUUUACAUUUAUUUUUGUAGGACUGGGACAUUGGUAAGUUUAAAUGACUUCCUUGGCAUUAUUCACCAAUUGCUUGAUUCCUGUGUCAUAAUUUUUUUUUCCCCCUCAGGCAGCAACUUAUUUCAUUUGCAGGAAAAUAUUACUGUCUCUGCAAAGAUUUAAUAUGAUUUUUACUAUAAAAUUGUGAUUAACAUGAUAUUUACAACAUAAUGCACAACAUUUUAGUAAAGAGUAGGCUGUGAAACAAUUGUUUCUAAGAAUCAUGCGUACAGACGACAUAGCUACCAUUAGAGUUCACGUUUGUGUGUAUGUUUGUAAUAAUGCUUAUAGCCAUUACCAUGAGCAUAUAUACAAUGUUAAUAAACUGGAGCCCUAUAGUUUUUUGUCUGUAAUAAGUUAGAAAUUUAAAGAAUUAAUUAAAACCUUAAAUUAAAAAAAGUACAAUUUUGUAAUGAUCCUGUAAGUUUAAAUUUUGAUUAACUUUGUAAUUUGCUAAUAUAUAUUUGCCUUUUAAAUGUUUUCCAUUGAAAUAUAUUUUAAUUGUAUGAGUUUAGGUUAUAAAAUCUGAAAUAUUUUAACCUCUUUUGUAUAUUUUGAUUUAAAUGCAGUAUAUAGCAGAAUGUAUGUGUAUAUGUUGCUAUAUUAAGUAUAGCUAUCGUUUUGUCAUGCAGUUAGCACUUUAGAAAAGCACAUCAGGAAUGGGGUUAUAAUUUUGUGUUAGGCACUGAUGUCCUGAUAUGUACAGUUUUCCUAUUUAUAGUUGAAUUUUAUUUCUGUAUUAGAGCUGUGUAUGGCAUCAUUGUUUUAUGAAUUACAGUAAGUUUCAUCUGGGAACUCAUACAAAUGUAAUUAACGUAUUAAAGUAAAAUGUUUUUCAACA